AAGCAAACAACAUUUAUGGAAAACAAAAGCAACCUAGAAAUCGCAUUCAAUAACGGGAAUAUUUUUAUUAAAAGCUAAUCAAUUAAGACUGAAGCUGAAAUCGCUAAAAAGCUGUGAACCAAAAUGUAUGUAAAUAACAGUUAAAAAGUGAGUAAAAACAAAGAAAUAUUAAAAACAAAAAAAAAAGAAAACAGCAACAAUUUCAACACGCACACAUGCACGCCUUAAUAAUGUUACCGCACAAUGUCCAGAGCGCUGGGCGACGACGACAACAACACCAUCAUCAUCAAGAGCAACAACAACAACAUCGCCAUCAUCACCAACACCACAUCAACUAAAUCAGCACAAAACACGCAACAACAGAGUGCCGCAAACACAGCUAUAAUUACAACAAUAAACACUUGUCAACAGCAUGCCAGCAUGAGCAAUACGACAGCGGCAACAGCAACUGUUGCUGUUAUUGCAGCAAAUGCAAGUACAAUAACAACAACCACACGCCACACUAACCACAUGCAUAACCAACAUCAUAAUCAGCAUCAUCAUCAACAACAACAACAACAACAACAGCAGCAGCACCAGCAGCAACAGCAAUUUUGUACGCCAAUUAAUGUGGUUGAUGGAAAUUCUGCCGCCUCGCGGCAGUUGCAAGAGCACUCAGCAAUGUUCAUGCCAUCACUACAACAGCAACAGUAUGCUCCUGCUAGUAGCAGCAGCAACGUUGCUGGCAGCAAUGCCUCGAGCAGCCAUUUUGUUUGUUAUUUACCCGUUUUAAAGCCCGAUGUUGUGCUCAGUGAUCGUGGUCUGUUUACCGUUUAUUGUUUUGUCAAAGAUUUCGUUAGGUAAGCAAAUUUGCUACUA